UCCUAACUGUUAUUUCGUUUUCUUGUUUAUCGCUUCAUAUAACCCCACUUUAUUAAUUAGAGUAAUCAAAACAUUUUAUCGUUGCAUAUUUUGUUACGUAAAUUGCCUUACAACAACACAUAAACGAUCAAUUAAGGUAUCAUUUGACCAAAUUAUGCUAAUAGCAUAACUACCAAGUAGGUACAACAAGAGAUAAUACCUAUUUACUAAGGCACUUAAUUUCGUAAACUAUCAUAGGCAACACACUUUGGUAAACCAAUGCUUGGAAAAGGUGUUUAAAGAUGGCUGUCCAGAAAUCUGAAGAUCUUUAUCUAAACAGAGCGAAAUUUGUAAUGAAGUAUUUAGGAGUUUGGGUGCCGCCAAUAAACGAAACGGCGUUGCAAAAAUUUUACAGAUUCUUCAUGAUGUCAUUGCAGUAUUUAUUUCUACUUUUUCAAUUUAUUUAUAUAAUACAGGUAUGGGGUGAUCUCGAAGCGGUAUCUCAAGCGUCAUACUUAUUAUUCACUCAGGCAUGUCUAUGCUUCAAAGUCACAGUUCUGCAGCUGAACAUGGAUCUUCUGAAAGAUUUAUUAAAACGAAUGAACGAGAAGGUUUUCUUGCCACAGUCUGCUAAGCACGACAGUAUACUGCAACUGCAAGCCAAAAGAAUCAAGCGUCUACUUCUAGCAUUUAUGAUCAGCUCGCAAACAACUUGUGGGUUGUGGGCUUUGAAGCCAUUAUUUGACGACGCUGGCAGUCGGAAUUUUCCAUUUGAUAUGUGGAUGCCCGUGAAGCCCGAGUUAUCACCACAAUACGAGUUGGGCUACGCAUUCCAAUUAGUGACCAUUUGCAUGAGCGCUUACAUGUACUUCGGAGUGGAUAGCGUCGCUCUGUCUAUGGUCAUCUUCGCGUGUGCCCAGUUGGAUAUAAUCAAGGACAAGAUUAUAAGUAUAAAGCCAAUUCAAAAGAAAUCUACAGAAGAUCGCAUUGAGAAAAGAAAAAUCCUGUCCGAAAAUUAUAACAAAUUAGUCGAGUGUAUAAAACAUCACCAAGCCAUAGUUUCUUUUACACAACUGGUAGAGAACGGUUACCAUACUUUUCUAUUAUUUCAACUUGUUGGGAGCGUUGGUCUCAUUUGUAUGUCUGCGUUGCGUAUUUUAGUGGUAGACUGGCGUAGCAUGCAGUUCUUUUCAAUAUUGACUUACUUGUCUGUCAUGAUCAGUCAGCUAUUCGUGUGUUGUUGGUGUGGUCACGAAUUAACUGCCACAAGUGAAGAUCUUCACACGGUGCUGUAUACGUGCUUGUGGUUCGAGCAGGAUGUGAAAUUUAUGCGAACUCUAUGCUUUGCCAUGAUGUGCAUGCGUCGUCCGAUUGUUUUGCGCGCAGGACACUACAUUAGCCUCUCUAGACAGACAUUUGUAUCUAUUCUGCGAAUGUCAUACUCAUACUUUGCGGUUUUGAAUCAAACAAAGUAGUUAGGACUUUAUUUUUCGAGAUUAGCAAAAGAGACGUAUUUGUAGCUAGUAGGAUAAAGAUGGGUUAAAGCUUAACUUAUCGAUAAAACUAGAAUAUUUAAAACUAUUAGGUGUAUUAGGGGUAGGUACAUAUCUGGGAAUGGCAAUUUUCAGUUUUAAUUCGUGUUCAUUUAAAAUUGACUUAUUAUUGUUUCCCUUUAAUUCCCACCUUGGGCCAAGUUUGUAAACAACAGUCAUUAGAGUUUUCAGUAUCGUCUUCAGCGAUUAAAGUUUGUAUUCGUAUAGUUCUACAGUGUGUUACGCUUACGGCUCACAAUUUAAAUA